AUGCACAUCAUCCAAGUGUUCAACGCAAUCACGGGUCUUAACGGUACGGGCAAGUCAAACAUACUGGACUCGAUAUGUUUUGUGAUGGGAAUAACUAACUUGAAACAGGUGCGAGCGACUAAUCUAAGUGAGCUGGUGUAUAAGCAGGGCCAGGCUGGGAUCACUAAAGCCACGGUUGAGAUUACCUUUGAUAAUAGUGAUAAAAAGCAGUGCCCGUUGAAGUAUGAGGACUGCGAGAAGAUUGUUGUAGCUCGCCAGGUUGUUAUAGGAGGGCGAAAUCGUUAUAUAAUAAACGGUCGGAAUGUUCAGCGUGACGCUGUGGUGACACUAUUUCACUCGGUGAAAUUGAAUGUGAAUAAUCCUCACUUCCUCAUCAUGCAGGGUAGGAUCAACAAAGUAGUGAAUAUGAAGCCCGAUGAGAUACUAGCUCUUAUGGAGGAGGCUGCUGGGACGAAGCUGUAUGAUCUUAAGAGGGCUCAGGCUGAGAAGAAGAUUGCCAAUAAGGAGGCUAGGGCAGCGGAGAUAGAGCGAACACUACGAGAGGAGUUCGAACCGAGGUUGGCGCAGUUGCAAAAGGAGAGCGAGAACUAUGAUCGAUGGGCUAAGGCGAGCGCCGAGAUCGGUCGACUUGGGAGAUUUGUGAUAGCUUGGGAGUUCUAUGAGAUGACUAGCCAGAAGAGAGACUACGAGGAAAGGAUAGGAGAGAUGCAAGUGGCAUUACGUGGAAAGCAGGAGGAAGUCCUUGAGCGCGACAACGACAUUGAGGAGACGCAGGAGGAGAUUGAGGAGUGCAAGAAAAAGAAGGCAAGGAUUGACCAGCAACAGGAGGGAGAAUUCGCGCGGAUCAAUGAGCAGGCAAAGGAGGCGAAUCGUGGUGUAGUGAGAGCUCAGGUUAUGGUCGAGAACAAAGAGAAGGAUUUGAAGUCUGAGGAAGAGCGACUGAAGGACGUAGAGAAGCAGCUGGUUGGGAAACGUAAAGAGUUGGAGGAAGCGCAGAAGUGUUAUGAAAGGGAGGAAGUGAAACAACAGAAAAUGAUGAAAGAGUUGGAGAACUGUGAAGCGACUCUUGAGAGGUGCCAUGAGAGGCUGAAUGGAAUAUCGAAUGGGAUUGGAGCUGGCAAUGGCGAACAGUCGAUCAAUGAGCAGCUGAUCCAAGCCAAGUAUGAUUAUGAACGCGCUAUUGAGGACCUGAAAACCCAUAAGGAAGAUUUGGUGACGAAACGCAGGAGGAGGGAUGAGAUCAAAGGGUCGGGGGAGAAGAAGGACUGGACGAGGAUGAUGAAGGAGAAGGCGGCACUUGAGAAGAGGAUUGAUGAGCUCAAUGAGAAGAAAGCUGCCACGGGAUAUGACAGAGAUAGAUUUCGAGAUCUACGUAACGAACUUGGGCGUUUGGAAGCACGGUUGGAGCGGCUCAUUGAAGAUAAGCAGAGGCUUUAUUCGGAGGUCCGCAAUAGGGUAGAAUUCCAGUAUGACUCGCCAGGAGGGUUUGACAGGUCUAGAGUGAAGGGUGUGUGUGCCAAGCUAUUUGAUGUUAAGCAGGAGUAUGCGGAAUAUGCGAGGGCCUUGGAAGUGGCAGCGGGGUCGAAGCUCUAUCACAUCUGUGUUGACGAUCCUCAAACGGCUAAGAUAUUAAUGUCAGAUCCAAGCAGCAGGCAAAUGAGAAGACGACAGAAUUUCGUACCGCUGUCGAAAAUCCAGACUAGAAUUCCAACGCCCCAACAGAUUUCUGGAGCGAAACGAGCAGCAGCUAGUGUGAAUGGUGAAUGUGUGCCGGCUCUUGAUGCAGUAGACUGUCCGGAGUGCUACACCAAAGUCGUAGAGUACCUUUUUGGGGCUACUUUCUUAUGCGAUACGUCGGACACUGGGAAAGCUGUCACCUUCCACCCACAGGUGAAGGUCAAGUCAGUGACUAAGGAUGGAGAUUCUUACGACCCCUCUGGCAGUCUUACAGGAGGAAGCAGCUCUAAUGGCAACGACUACAGCGUAUUGAGAACACUCUGUGAGCACUUUGCUCGGUGCAGGGAGGAGAGGCAGCUGAAUGGCGAUAUAGAGCAGCUAAAUGUGGAGAUUAGCAGGCAUCAGAAGUCUAAGGGGGCAUGGGAGAACAUUGACCGAGAGCAGCGAGAUUUGGAUUCUCAGUUGGGCAGUGUUAGCUGCAGAAUCACAAGUCAUCCUUACCAUACGUUGCAUCAAGAGAUAGAGGAGCUCAGUGUUCAGAUUGAGGAGCAUGAGAAAUCUAUAGAAGAGUUGGAGGUGGAGAAAGACCGGUUGGCAGCUGAGGUGGGCCGCCUGCAAGAGGAGGUAGCUAGCCUUGGAGGAAAUCAAGAAGAACAAAUAAGGAAAUUGAAGGAGGAAAUAGAGCGAGUGAAAGCUGAGGAGAGCAGCCUUCGAGGGCAACAGGAGGCGCAAGCUGCCAAGGUUGGCGAUAUGGAGAUGGAGAAGGAGUCCAUUGAGCGGGAUGUAGAAGCGCUAGAGGCUAGCAUCUCGGGCCAGGCCUUGGAAGAGUUGCGGGGCGAGCUGGAAGGUCUACAGGCGGCUCAUGAACGUAGUAAGGAGAAACACCAAGCAAUAGAGGACAAGUUGGCGGGCAUGAACCAAAGUCGACAAACAGUGCAAGAUGAUAUUGACGCAUUAGAGGCCAAGUUGGUGGAGUUGAAGGAGUCUAAAGCAGCUGCCGAAUCGGAAGUGAAGAGGCAGACGAAGAGCUUGUCAGAACUGCAAGCUGUACUCAACGCGACGGGCGAUCGACUUGAUAAGCUGGAGAGCGAUCGGCCAUGGAUUAGUCGUGAGAAAGCGGGAUUUGGAGUCGAUGGUUCAGAAUGGGAUUUCGACGCAUCCGAGCUGGACUUGCGGCAGAGUCAAAAACAAUUAGCGAAGUACGAGAAGGACCAGAAGGAGGCCGGCCGAGACCUCAACAAGAAAGCAGGCAUGCAAUAUGAGCAAUCUAAAGUUGCUGCACAGAAGCUUAUAGCAGAUAAGGAGACGACUCUGGCUGAAAAGCGCGAGAUUGAGCGUUUCCGAGAUAGUCUGGAUGAUCGGAAGAGUGAGGAAUUGACUCGUACAGUGCAGCAGGUGAACAAAUGGUUUGGUGGCAUCUUCCGCUCUCUCUUGCCCAACGUUAAUGCUAAGCUUUCUCCACCAGCGGGAAUGACUCAGUUGGAAGGCCUCGAAUUGAAAGUCCAACUCGGCUCAGUGUGGAAGGAAUCACUAACUGAGCUGAGUGGUGGUCAGAAGUCACUAUUGGCUUUGUCGUUGGUGCUUGCUCUGCUCAAGUUCAAUCCAGCUCCAAUGUAUAUUCUUGACGAAGUAGACGCAGCCCUCGAUGUUAGCCAUACGACGAACAUUGGUCGAAUGAUCAAGGAGUACUUUCCCCAAGCUCAGUUCAUCAUAGUCAGCCUCAAGGACGGCAUGUUUAAUAACGCCAAUGUCCUCUUCCGAACUCGAUUCGUUGAUGGGACUUCAGCAGUAUCUAGGACUGAGCUGAAGAAUAACGGCAGCUCAUCCACCUCGAGUUCUCCUGCUGGUCAGAAUGCUAGAGGAAAGAAGCGACGAGCCGCUGAUGCACUACAAGACUAGAAUUAAUCGGCAGACGAAUAUUUUAAGUGCAUUGAUCUC